AUGUCCGACUUCCAGGCCCUCGACCGCGCGUCGCAGAACUACAACCAGUACGGCAACCCCGACCACCCCGAGCACGAGGCCAAGCUCUCGCACGAGCUCAUCGGCGGCGCUGCUGCCUUUGCCGCCGCCAAGGCCUACCAGAACCACCUCGCGGCCAACGGCCAGCCCCAGUCGCACGCCAACGCCAAGGCCCUCCUCGCCGGCUUUGCCGGUGCCUUCAUCGACCGCGAGUUCGAGACCAAGGGCCUCAACUUCCUCGACCGCGAGAAGGCCAAGCGCCACGCCGUCGAGCAGGCCGAGCAGCAGGUCAACGCCGGCCAGUGGCAGUAAAUGCCGCGCGGUGACACGAAACAUGACGACGACAACGACGUAAUGAGAUAUGCAGUAGUUUGAUAGCGAGCAUGCAGUAUUACUCGCGCC